AAGAGAAGUGUGGCCGGCGUUGAGCGCAUAUAGGUAGUCGUGAGAGGAGUCAGUCGGUGACGGGUUGUGUCUUUAGUGGCGUGGUGAACAAUUGAGUCGAAGCCGCUUGUGUGUAAAAAAUGAGCUGGCAGGAUUACGUUGACAAGCAGCUGCUCGCGUCUAAGUGUGUUACCAAAGCUGCGAUCGCGGGACACGAUGGCAAUCUUUGGGCAAAGUCGGAGGGCUUCGAAGUAAGUAAAGAGGAGUUGGCGAAAUUGGUCCAGGGAUUCGACGAGCAGGAAAUUCUGACGUCGUCGGGUGUCACCUUGGCCGGCAACAGGUACAUUUACCUGUCCGGCACGGAUCGAGUGAUAAGGGCAAAACUUGGCAAGGUCGGCGUCCACUGCAUGAAGACGACGCAAGCGGUAGUCGUCUCUCUCUACGAAGACCCCAUACAGCCACAGCAGGCCGCAUCGGUUGUCGAAAAACUCGGGGACUACCUCGUGUCCUGCGGCUAUUAGUAACCUCUGGGACCCAACAUAAAUAUCUAAUAUUAAUAUUAAACGAUACGAUCGAUUAUUUUAAUGAACAGCGAAUGGAAUGCGUAAAUGCCGCACGAGUCGCGCCGGAAACUGCCUGAAGCUUGCCGCGCGACAUUCGAUGAAGAGUAACAACUACUACAUCAGCAUCAAACACCAGCAACACAGCUAUCAUAUUCCAGUCGUGGUUCUCUCCUCUUCGAUUCGGCUGGUCGACGUUCGAGGAAUACAUAGCGGGCGCACGCCUCCACGUGCUACGCGGUAGCGAUUUCCUUCAAACUCUGCGUACGCGUUUAUAUAUUUUCAAGAACGAUCGCGAGCAAAUUGUAAUCGAGAGAGAAAGAGAGAUUGAGAGUGAGCAAUCUUUUCGUUGUUUUUUUCCUCCUUUUUAGCUUAUACAAACCUCUCUUUUAUUUGAAAUUUUUAUUCCCGACUGCGUAUCUACGGUCUACGAUAUAAUAGUAUUAAUGAUAGAGAACAGAAACUUUUGGCAAAGAUCAAACGAGAAAACCCUUUUUUACGAUUGAAUAAAAAAACGAAUCGCAACUGAACACGUGCAGUUUUACAUUUAUGCGCAUCGUGCGUCAACCGAAUCAACCCGAGAAUGGAUAGAAGAGCUACAUUUACGAACGGUCGUGUGUCGACUCGUCGAUGGAGAGACAAAAUACACAAGCAUGCAUUAAGUAUAAAAAAUAAUGAUAAUAAAUAAUAGUAAACUAUUGCGUGUUAGGUUUACAAUCUUUUUUGUAGAGAACGAAAAGAUGCGAGAGAGAGGGAGAGAAAGAGAGGGAGUGCGAGGGUAGAGGCGAAAGGGUGCGUGAGAGUGCGAGAGAGAAAGGAAAUAUGCGAAGGUAUGGAAGAAAUUGGCUAGGAUGGGAAAGGGCGUGAAAAGGUGAAUGCGUGAUUGAGAAGUAGCUGACGAGUUAGCGAGCGAACGAGGAUGACAGUGAGAGGGAAAGAGAAAGAGAGAGAGAGAUGGGAGCACGAGCGAGAAUAAUGUGGAAAAUCGGGGAGGAAAAUGAACGGCAAAUUGAUUUCGAUGGAUGGUACAAGAACCGAGAAGAGGAUCAACGGGAAACGGCGUGCGAGAAGUCGCAGCGGAGACCCCGAUCGGAAAAAGAAUGCGAUGGAGCAGGGAGCGAAGAUGCAAAAGCGACUUGGUUGUAACGAGAUUUGAUGGCAAACGGUGCAGGCUAGCGUGCGGCAGACGGUGAAAAAUGAUGCGGAUUGAUUGUAACCCCGACCCCCUCCCCCCAACCCGAUGAUACAGCCCUUUUAACUAUUUACUCUCUUUAAUAUUGCUAUGUGUGAGAAAGACGAGAGAGGGACGUGUCAUUUUUCGAUAAGAGGGUGAGAAAGAGCGAGGAACGGGGGUGAGGAAUGGUACAAGCAGUCGCAAGGUUUACACACCGAAACACGGCCAUUCGAAUGUCCGCGACACGCAAACAGAACACGGAAGUAGGAUCGCGAGAGUUGAAACGAGAAACUGUAGACGGACUGUUUUAAUUUCGAUUCACUUUUAAAAAUUGAGAUCUCGUUAUGCUUCCUUUCUACUCGACUUUGUCGGCUCUAUUUUCAGGGGAAUGCAGAGAAAAAUAAACAACGUACAAGAUCGAACUUGUAAUUGAGAAGAAACGUGGAGAACGUUUCUCAUUCGACUAUCGCGGUCUCUCGUCGCGAGAGAGAGAGAGAGAGAGAGAGAGAGAGAGAGAAAGAGAAACACCCCCGCUCAGUCACACGACAUACACACACGUACACACGCACACACCCCUAACACACGAUACCGCUACCAUUUAUUAUUACUUGUAAUAUUACUGCUACUAUUACUACUAUAACUGAUUGCUUGUCGAUUCGUCUGGCGUCAAGCAGCAACCGAAACUACUAUGUAACGAUUUUUAUUGAUAACAAAAUAAGGAAUAAAUAUUGAAGUAAUAAUUGUAAUAAAAAGGUAACUCCCAGGCGUCGUUCAAGUAUUCGCAUCCGCCUCAUGUUUUUCGGUUUCCGUCCUUUCGGUUUCGAGAACACCACCGCUACUUUCGUAUCUUUUGUUCCAUAAAAUCGGUAUCGCGCGGAGGGAAUCGCAUUGACUUUUUCAAAAUGUGGUACGGGACAGUCGUCGACGUCGAAGCAGGAAAGAGGAACGCAGAAAUAGAAAAGAAACGUGGCAAAGGGGAAGAGAGAUGAACUAGAGUCGUAGCGGAAGAGAACGGGGCAGGGGGGAUGAACAAGGGUGUAGGCGCGUGCGUGAGUAAAGCAGGGAGAACGAGAGAGAGAAUGAGAGAGAGAGAGAGAGAGAGAGAGAGAGAGAGAGAGCUGAUCCGGGAGAAGGGUAGUAGAUUUGGUCGGUUAAAAUUAGAUGUAUCUUUGUAAAGCCAAGAAUUUUCUUUUCUUUUGCAUAUGUCGAUAAAGAUCUUUGGAAACGCGACACGAUCAAUGUUCAAGAAGGAAAAAAAUAAAUUUGUAUGAAGCGAUGCAA